AUGUCCUCGUAUCACAGCAGCGAUCCCUACGAAUUUUUACAUUAUUGCAAUGAUCAAGACCAACAUAUUCAUGAUUAAAACAAAUUGUUUAUUGAAAAUCUUGUGAUUUAUGAUGUUAAAUACUAGGUAAAUAAAAUAAAUCAUUCAUUCUAGAUUCACCAUCACAAAACAGUCCUACAAAUAUUCAAUGGCCAGAAUCAACUACUCAAAACUUUAUGGGGGUUCUAAGAUGUCCAAUUUCCCACUCAUUCAAACUUGGAUUAAAUAAUCAAGGACUCAAUUGAAAGCAAUCUAGUUGUAACAUAAUCAUAACUAAUUCAGCAAACUGUCUAUAGUCAGACCUACCCAGGAGGUUAAUUAUUUAAGAUUGGAUACUAGAAGGAAAUCGAUGCCUGGUUAAUCUAUUCUAAUAAUCUCACUAUUGUGGCAUAAAAGUCUGAUGAUUUAUCCGAAUUUGCAUUCCAAAGAUUUGAUUCAGCAGUCUAAGUAGCUGAGUUAUGGUUCAAUAUUUUGAAUGAAUUCAGCCAAGAAAAAAUUACUAAUUUGAAAUUUGAUUUUCACAAUCGAACUGUGUAUGGUCAUAUCAUCAAUCAAGAAUCUCUGAUCUAUCACCCUGAUGACAUUCUACAAUUUAUUGGCAUUGUCGACGUGAAUUUCGAACAAUCCCAAUAAUUAUUCUGCUUUUACGGAUUACCACAUCCAAAAACAUCCUAAUUCAAAUUGCAAUUAAAAUUACUCUAAAAACACAUAGAGAGAAUUCAAAGAAGUGAUAUUGAAUUAGAAUCAGCAGGAGUUAUCCUAUAUUUCCAUGAUCAAUACUAUGUUGUGCACACAGCUGAGUAUUUAAUUUACAAACAUAUUCAAUCCAUGUUAUUGAAUGAAUAACACAUUGAAGGAGACUUUAAAUAAUUUGUAAAAGCCUUGUAAGUUAAACCCCCUAGACCAUUUAAGUUUUAUGAGAGCAUAUAUGCAGAAGGCAUGAAAAUUCUGGAAAAUUACAAUAAGAUGGAAAAUACUAUCAAAUUUAAUUUUAAUGACUUCGUCACUAUUAUCUUGUACAACAUCUUCAACAACAAGACUUUCAAAUGGAAUCAAUUAAGUUCUAUUAAAGAUUAUAGAGCCUCUUGGGCAUCCUAUCAACCAAACUCACUAACAAGAAUACCAGUUUAUACAGGUGAAGAUCUCUAAAAGAACCCAGAAAAUGUGUUUUUAAUUAUACCUGUAUGUGUUAAUGGAGUUGGUGUGUCAACCUUUGCAAGAACAUUUCAAUCCUUCUAUUCCCAAACCUAAAUUGUCAGUGAUAUCUAAGAUGCCAAAAUUAGAGACAAUUAUGUUAUUAUCCUAGAACAUAAUCACACUCCAGAAGAAGCAUAGUCCAUCCUAUCUAGAUGUAGUUAAUUUUACAACAAAAUCAUCCUGUAUCCAUAUACCAAAAAGUCUUAUAAUCAAUUGAAAUUACCUUUUUCAUAUGAAUUGCUUAUUACUGCCAUGAAAAGAACAUGUACUUCUCUAGAAAAAGUUCAAUAUUUCGUUAAGAAGGCUAAGACAUUUGAGAAUUUUAAAGUAAGCUCACUUUAAGUAAAUGGAGUAAUUGAAUUUCCAUUUGUUGAUGAAGAUCUAAAGAUUGAUCAUGAAUACCUCGAGGAUGACUUAUUGGAUGUAUUUGAUAACGAUUCAAAAAAGAAUUUAAAUCAAUUCUUUAAGAGUCUCAAAGAGAUUCAUCUUUAAAAUUAGAAUAAUGAUACUUUCGAUGAGGAAAUCAAGAAUAUUAUUCACUAGUUAUUCCCCAAAGUCACAAAGAUUACUAAGCAUCAACCAAUUAAAGUAGACGAUGUUGUGAGAAAGGAAAGCGAAGACAUAGUAGUUCAUGAGAAAAAGAAUAAAUUACCCAAAAAGGAAAAGCAUGUCCAAUAUGAUCCAACUUAUUUACCAAAUUCACUUAGUUUCUAACUCAAAGGAGGAUACAAUAUGAAAGAUAGAAUAAAUAGAUGGAUUUUAGAUUGUUUAAAUGCAGGUAAUUCACAUUUUAAAAAUGAUGAAGUUUACCAAAAAAUUGUUAACAUCUUCUAGAAAUAGACCUUUGAGAAUGGUGAAUAGCAUUUCAUCCCAGAAAAGGAACUCAAAUUAGAGUUAUUAACGAUCAACUAAAAUGAUUAGAGUGUUAGAUAGUUACCUUAUUUCAAAGAUUUUGUAUAAGACAAAGAAGCAGAAAUAUUUAUUAAGACCUUGUUUGUGAGUUUUGAUGGUUUGAUUGCUGGUCUUGCUCAUUAAACAUCAUUGGCAUGUUAAAGUCCUUAUCCCCACAUUCCAUUUUAUUUCAAAAAUCUUAAAGUAAGAGACAGUCUUUCUGUGAUAUCAUAAACCAUUUUAUCAAAUCAAGUUCUAAAGUAAGCAUUUAAAGAUGGACAACUCUCCAAAGUCACAAACCAACCACUGUUUUCCUCUGAAGACAUUAAAUACAGAGGCAAGACUUACAGAGUUUAUGUAAUUUCAUUGUAAGAUGGCAUUAAAGUUAGUGCCAUCUCUACAGAUAGAUUAUGAUGUGAGUAUUAUAAAAAAUACAUAAAUAUAGAUUUAUAUCUGCUUAUUUA